CAGAUAUCUGGAAUGAAAUCCUCUGUUGUUUACCUCAGCGUUCCGACUGUCCUUAUUGUCCUCCUUAAAUCUAAAUCAACCAUAUUUUCACCAACAUCUUCAUUCAUCAUUUUAGGUCCCAUCGCUCAGGUCGCAAGUGGCUCCAUUUCCCACUGUCCGUGAAGGGAGCACCGCCCCUCUCCAAGUGAGUCCGCCUCUGCGCUCCAACCGACAGGCACCGACGGGCUGAGUGGCUGCGUGGGGAGCCGGUGUGGGCGCAGCGGAGGACUUUCCUAUAAAAGCUGGGAUCCCACGGCCAGACGAGCUCGUCUCUCAGUCAGCGCAGACAGGAGCCGCGAUCCCCCCGCCAACAGUUCGGAAACCAACCUCCAAACCUCAAGCUCACCGCAAAGCACAUCUUAGUCUAUGGUUCUGACCGACGCUCCCACAAGGAUGUCCCGGACCGACGAGGUGCACCGUAUCACGGAGAAUGUCUACAAGUCCAUCAUGGAGCAGUUCAACCCCUGCUUGCGGAACUUCAUAGCCAUGGGAAAAAGCUACGAGAAGGCGCUCACCAGUGUCACAUAUGCUGCAAAGGGCUACUUCGACGCUCUGGUGCGGAUGGGCGAGAUGGCCAGCGAAAGUCAAGGCUCUAAGGAUCUUGAAGAGGCAGCAUGGGAGGUGCUCUUUCAGAUGGCUGAAGUGCACAGACAGAUCCAGAUCCAGCUUGAAGAGAUGCUGAAGUCUUUCCACAACGAGCUGCUCACAGAGCUGGAGAAGAAGGUGGAGUUGGACGCACGCUACCUGAACGCUGCGCUGAAGAAGUACCAGAUGGAGCACAAGAGCAAAGGGGAGAGUCUGGAGAAGUGCCAGGCAGAGCUGAAGAAGCUGCGCAGGAAGAGCCAAGGCAGCAAGCACCCGUCCAAAUAUGGAGACAAGGAGAUGCAGUAUGUAGAGGCCAUCAGCAACAAGCAGGGCGAGCUGGACAGCUACAUCGCCGAGGGCUACAAGAACGCCCUGUCCGAGGAGAGGAGGAGGUACUGCUUCCUGGUGGACCGUCAGUGUGCCGUAGCCAGGAACAGCAGCUCCUACCACGGCAAGGGGAAGGAGCUUUUAACCCAGAAGAUCCCGAUGUGGCAGCAGGCGUGUGCCGAGCCCAACAAACUGCCAGAUCGCGCCAUGUUCCUCGCCCAGCAGAUGAGCGGCGCGGCGGGCGUCAUGGCUCCCGGCGCUCACCAUCCAGGCAUGCCCAUGUCUGAGCCCAUCCCUGGAGCUAAACCCCUGCCAUUGCCUCCAGAACUGGCAGCCCUGAGGGCCAGUGGGGCCAUGGGACAGCAGAGGCUGAUGGGAGGGGUGGAAGGAGGGAUGACGGUCAUGAACGGCACGGCCGGCGCUCACGGAGGAGAGGACUACCAGCAGUGGAUGGAGGGCAAGGUGGCCCAGGGCAAGGCCUCACCGCAGACCCAGCGGCACGCAGGGGAGGUCUACUCCAACACCCUGCCUGUGCGCAAGGUCGCCCCGGCCAAGAGCAAGACCACACUGACGGAGACCCGUACGCUGCCCCGGUCCAGCUCCAUGGCAGCGGGGCUGGAGAGAAAUGGAAGAACCCGAGUCCAGGCCAUCUUCUCCCACGCAGCCGGUGACAACAGCACCCUGCUGAGCUUCUCUGAGAACGACGUGAUCACCCUGCUGGUCCCCGAGGCUCGAGAUGGGUGGCACUACGGAGAGAACGAGAAGACGAGGAUGCGUGGCUGGUUUCCUUUCUCCUACACCAGGGUCAUAUCUGACGCUGAUGGCAACUCCAUGAAGCAACUUCGAGUUCACAACCUCCAUGGGAAGAGCAGCAGCACAGGUAACCUCCUUGAGAGAGAAGACGUGGCUCUGUCCGUCCCGGACUACGGCGUCCAGUCCCGUAUGGCGGCGCAGAGUGCUGCUGCUCUGCAUGGCAGACAGCAGCGCCCCUACAGCGUGGCGGUGCCAGGCUUCCCACAGCAAGGAGUUGAAGAAUACGAGCCGCGCUUCGCCACAAGUUCCACAGAGGGCAAAUUGAUUUCGACAGUGUGAGGACAGACAGACAAACAGACUCAGCCAGACGAUGCGAUAGGACAGGCACCUCGCUGCCCCCUCAUCCUUACCCCCCUCCCUACCUCCCGCUUACGGCAAUAAACUCUCCCUGAGCCGAUCAGUGCAGUGGACGAGGCCCGGUUCCCGAGGCCCGGGUCUGAAUCUGUUCCCCCCUCUGAUCUCCCUCUUUAAUCCUUCCUGUGCUGUCUGAACUGGCCGGUAGCCACACCGGGCCGCCGGUGACGCCUUGUUGCAGAGCCGAACCGGAACAAAACGGACUCCGCGCCAUCCGAAUAUUCAAAAAUCAAUGUGAUGGACAUUUUCUCUGAGGAAAAUGUAUCUUUUGCUUGUCUUUCAUGCAUGUACAUUUCUUUUAUAUGCAUAUAUACACACAUAUAUACUGCUGGGGAUUAUAAUCUCCCUGCCAAAGGAACCUGAUUCUUCACAAAUGUCAGCGCUCUCCAUCACAAAGACAGUGUAAAGGACAUGUAAAUCAGGGUGUGAAAUUACUGAUGUUGAUCCCAAAGAGGAUUUUCAUAAUGUAUAAAGACAUUACAAUCAAUACUUUUACUGGGUCUUUCAGUAUUCAACAAUAAUUUAACCUUUUCAUGCUGUGAGGUUUUGUAUUCCUCUGAGAUGAGAGGCCAUGUAUCACAGGUAGUGAACAGGUAAUGUCAGACAGUGUGACAGCAAUGUGUACUGUACAUAAAUGUGCCAUACAGAAGUGCUUUGUCAUGCAGUAUCUAUGAUCGGUUCAUCCAUAAAAAUACGCACCUUAUGAACCUAAUAGUCUAUAUUUCUGUAAAGGAAGAAAAACUUGCUGUAACGUUUUCAGUAUCAGCCUUUGAACUUGUUCUCCAUCAUCUGUGUGGAGGUACACUGUGCUCAGACACACCAAGCCAGGUGCUCGGGCUCUUUUGACUAUCUGUUGUGGUGUGUGAAUAUCAUGCCAAGGCUGAAUGGGGUCAACUGUCCCUCAUCUCUGAAUGACAUGCAAGGCUCUCGGUUGGCUUUAGUGCUGGAACUCGUAGUCGAUUUGUCGUGAUUAUUCGCUAAUAAAACGUAUCAGUAGUCGCAGCUGUAGACUAAACGAUGACUUAACGAUGGUUCAUGCAUGAAAGAAAAGUCAACUGGUUCUGCUGGUUGGCUCGGGGCACGUGAGCUACAGUCAGCGCUUUUCAUUUGCAGCCUCUUCAAAUGGUUUUCGACAUAUUAUAGUGCCUCUUACUGUGAUGUAAGUGACUAAUGUGAAUAACUUAUUUUUAAGGCUACUUUAAGACUUGAAGUUACAACAGAUAUGCUGAUGAACUUCAGGAUCCAGAGAGUGAAAUGAGCCGUGCUAACGAAACGGGGUCUUUGGUUUGGUGUUCACACUCUGGCAUGCAGGGUCCAGAUUUAUGGCACAGCCUCUCUGUGGCCAUGAAGGAGAGAAGAGUCGCUUUGAUGUUGAAACCUCAUUCAGCCUUCCUGUACUGUUGUCUUUGCAUUUAAAGGCUUGAUUAAAAACCUCGGCGAGUUAAAAGCGUCAUGUUUUGAUGAUUAAAAUAAGAACUAUUUGUCUGAUUCUCUCUGUGCUAAAUAAAGAUGCUGGUCUGCUUGUCUGUAUGUCAGUUACUAACCACUGUCCGUCUGUCCACAUCUGAUGUCCACUAACUUGCCCACUGGGAAUUGGUCUUUUCUCAAUUUGUUGGCGUCUGAAUCUUGUGAGGGUUUUGCAAAGAUCUCCCCAGAUUACCGUCUUUGCCAACGAAAACAGGAACUGUGCAGCUGCCCCAUGCUUCCUACUCUGCAAAAUGUCUUUCUUCACCAAACAUUUAGUGUGUUCAAGCGUUUAAAGAGUCUUAAAAUAGUUCUUUCUUCAAAUUUAGUGAAAAAAAGCAGGGUAGAUUCUCUCAAACAAUUUUUUAGAUUUUCUAGCACAGAGAAUCACUUUUUCUACGGAAGCCCUGAGAGGCAAAUGGCAGAGGAAGUCUGUGGAUCCAUUUGUUAUGUUUUCUAACUCAUUUAUUUAUUUCAGGUGAAAAAGAAAAAACAUUGGCAGAUGAGAAAAAAAAGUUUUCCAGAGAUCAUUUUUUAAGCGUCUGUGUUUGUAAUACUCACUUUGGCCACAGGAGGCUGAAGCGCGUCACUGUGUUCUUA